AGUCAAGUCCCAUCGAAUCGGCCAAGACACUCGAAAGGAAGCAGCAGCAGGAAGCACAAAAUAAACGAAGAAAGCUCGGUCCCUCGCUGCACGCCCCGGAGUUCCCCUUUCCUUCUUUUUUUCUCCCCGGCCUUUUUCAUUUUCUCUCCCCCCAAUCACUAUCAACCAAACUAACAAAUUUUGGCAUUAAAUUCCAGCUCACUCUUCCGUCGUUUUCCUCCUCAUUUUAAACACUAACCAACUAGCCUUUCCUUCCUCUCUCCGUAACUCACUUUAUUUUUCUUUCUUUCUUCUUUUUUCAGUUACAAACUGUUUGUUUCUUUGGAAGCUUCGUUUUCACAGAUCUGAAUUACUUAAACCAAACAACCGAAAUUCCAUGUUUUUUAUGAUUAAACUAGAGGUUUAAAAGCUGUUUCGUUAGGGUUUUUGAAGCGAUGUUUGGAUCGGAAAUGGAGACAAGAAUGAAGAAAUAUAGGCAAGUGAGUCCGGAGAGAGCUAAAAUUUGGACUGAGAAAUCGCCGAAGUAUUAUCAGCAAAACCGGAAAGUUCCUGUUGUUUAUUAUCUCUGUAGAAAUCGCCAGCUUGAACAUCCUCAUUUCAUCGAAGUUCCUCUGUCUUCCCCCGAUGGUCUCUAUUUGAGAGAUGUGAUUGAGAGGCUUAAUAUUCUUAGAGGCAGAGGAAUGGCUUCCUUGUAUUCUUGGUCUUGCAAGAGAAGCUAUAGGAAUGGAUUUGUAUGGCAUGAUCUCUCUGAAGAUGAUUUAAUUCUUCCCGCCCAUGGAAAUGAAUACGUUCUCAAAGGUUCCGAAUUAUUCGAAGAGUCUAGCUCAGAUCGUUUGAGUCCUGUUGGGAAUAUCAUUAGACUGCAAAAUCUGAAGCAAUUACCUGAACCACCAUCUUCUUCUAGAAGCCAAGACGAUUCUUCAUCUUCUUCCAGCUUGAAUGGGAAGAGAACAAAGCAUUCUCAGGAUGAUGAACUGUCUUCUCCAGUUAAUCGUCCAACUCCUGGCUCCUCUGGUGCGUCACCGGAGUCUAGAUAUGGAAAGAAUUCUUCCUGGGGUUGUUCUCUUAGUCUGACUGAGUAUAAGGUUUAUAAGAGUGACGGGUUAGCAGAUGCUUCAACGCAGACUGAGGAAAACACAAGCAGACCUAAGACACGGGAAACUUGUACAAGGGGUGUUUCAACUGAUGAUGGGUUGUUAGAACCUGAAUGCAAUACCAAUUUUCAAAACCCAGUCUCCAACCCUUGUGUGAAAGAUAAUUCUGAUAUAUGCGGAAAUUCAGUCUCUCCUCCACCGUCCACUUCUAGUGCAUCAUCUUCAGGUGGGAAAACUGAAACUUUGGAAUCUCUAAUCCGAGCUGAUGUGAAUAAAAUCAAUAGUUUUAGGAUUCUUGAAGAGGAAGAGAUUCGAAUGCCACCCAAUGCAAGGCUCAAGGCAACAAGCAUGUUGAUGCAAUUGAUCUCAUGUGGGUCGAUAUCUGUGAAAGACCAUAGUUUUGGCCUUGUUCCAACAUACAGACCAAGGUUUUCACAUUCAAAAUUUUCUUCACCAUUAUUCCCCACUUCAAUCAUGUUGGGAGAGCUAGAUUGCUUAUCAGAGAAUCCAAGGUUGAUGGGCCUGAGAUUGGAAGAUAAAGAAUAUUUCAGUGGUAGCUUGAUUGAGACAAAAAUGCUCAAGGAAGACGGAGAUGGACAUACAACUUUGAAACGUUCUUCUUCAUACAAUGCUGACAGGACUUGUAAGCAGCUGGAUUCGGCUGAAGAAAAAGAAGAGUUGAAUUUGGGACGAUCAAAAUGCAUCCCCCGUUCUAUCAAGGCUUCACUAAGCAAGCAACCACGAAGCGAGUCUAUGAGAUCCCCUGUUUCUGAAAAGCCAAGAAACUCCUCUGAUGGGAUGGACAACUCACGCUUGGUUUCAAGUAGCAUAUCGAACGGCGGCAGUAGAAGAAUCACAGAGCCCAUUGCAGCUAAAAAACAAUCAAAAAGGUUGGAUUCAUUCAGAGAAGAGGAGAAGGUGAUCAAAAUUGAAGAAAGGCUUGCUUCAGGAGCUCGGGUUAUAAUCCAAUCUAAGGCGCCAUGUGAUACCAUUGUCGGUUGCUCCUAGUCAGAGCAUUUCGAGGUUCAGGCAACGGAUACCUUCUCGGAUCCUUUUCAGUAAAAAGCUUAUUUCAACAAGCAAAACUUCUGGUCGUCAAAUUUGGUUUGAAUUUCAAAUGAUUUUAAGAUAGAUUGGCGGGUCCAUGUGAUGAUUCUGUAAAUCUGGAAAGCUAAAAGAAGAAAAAAAAAAGCCUAAAAGAGAAAGGUAGAUAUCCCCUCCUGAUGGUCGGAGUAAAAUUUUUUGGUUUCAGCUUUCUUAUAUGAGAUUCGUGCUUUAUUGUAACUACAGUUGCAAUAUCAUCACCCCUUUCGCAUUCUCUUCUUUUAUGUUUUUUUAACCCGAAGAAACAGUUCCCUGCUUGCUGCUGCUGCUGCAAGAACAUGCAGAAACUGCAUUGAUUCCGCAAUUGACGUAUAUCGACACUCGAGGUAAACUUUUCUUGCACUUGACCCAGGAUUUCUAGGCUUAAGCUUGGAAUCCUAUGUGGUUCAGGUUGACCCUAUAGAUCAAAUGGAGGAAGAAGCCUUUUUGACUCUAAAAAGUCAAAUCAAAAAGUCAAAGAAACAGUAGGCGGUAAUUUAUUUAAAAAAUCCGACAAAAGGGUGUGUUUAGAGCAAAGUGACUGGAGAGGGUGGAGGGGCACUGUGGGGGCAUGGGCCUGCCCCAGAAACUCUUAAAUCCACGUGUGGGAAGACGAAAUCCCACGUGGUGCACGAAGUUUAACCAAAGAGGGAGAGACAGAAGGAAAAAGAGAGUGGGUUGGCCAUUAAUGGGUUGUCUGAAAAAGCUGUCUCCUCCUUCUCGGAUGUUGUAGCCGUAGUUACUUUUUCUCUCUCUUUGCUUUUUGCUAGGACAGAGGGAGGAAAGGCUUUGGGGACUGAGUGUUCAGCUCCUUUGGUGUAUAUAAUAUGUUUACGACCUUUAUUCCUACGGUUUACUCAAAAGCCAAAUAGAUAAAUACAGUAAACUUUGCUUAGACGACCAA